AUGGCGCCAACAUAUACCCGUGACUAUCUCCCUAGGAAGCAUGGUGUAGGGCUGCUGCAGCAGCUGCUGCAGCAAAAUGAGGCCUUGCUGCUGCAUCCCUUUCCUGCUGCUGCUGCUCCUCCUUUGCUGCAUCUCUCUCCUUCUCACGUCCCCCCCCGGUACACUGCAAAGCCAAAGUCUCCUCUCUAUAGGGUCCCCGCAAGGGCCCCCCAUCAGAUCUUAGGGGGGCCAAGGGGGCCCCCUCCUCCCGUUGGUCUCGGGGGCCCCCCAAGGGGGCCCCUCACCCAUGCUCUAGGGGGGCCCCCAGGGGCCCCCCCACACUCUGCCUUCCUUAACAAUAAAGAUUAUGGUAAGGGCCUCCUGCUGCAGGGUAUACCUGAUGAAUUCUUACAAGACCCACCAAGGAGGCAGCAGGCGCUGCCGCCGCCGCGGCUGAUGCCAGCAGCAGCAGUACUGGCCCCACAGAGACCUGCAGCAGCAGCCGCUGCUGCAGCAGCAGCUGCAGCAGUUGCAGCAGCAGGGACACUUGAUGGUGGUGGUGUUGAUGUACGAGCAGCAGCAAUAUCUGCAAGAAAAGCAGAAACAGCAUCAGCAGCACAACUACCACCAACAGCAGCAGCAGCAUCAACAGCAGCAGCAGCAGCAAGGUCCUCUCUGUGGGGUCCUUCGGUUAAGAAAGAUAGACCUGCACAAGGUCCGUUGCUGCGCAGCAGCAGCAGCAGCACCCGUCUGGGGAUCGACGAUCCCAGACCCCACACUUUUAGUUUUGUUAGCAGCAGCAGCUUCCUUGAUCGUCCUGCUAGUUCUUCUCUGCAUUUUCCCUCCACAAGCCAUACAGACAGCAGCAGCAGCAGCAGCAGCAACAGCAGCAGCAGCACUAGCGGUACCGAGAUCCGGUCUUCUGCGGUGGCUGCAGUGACUGCUGCUGCUGCUGCUGCCGCUGCCGCUGCUCCGUCGGCAGCAGCAGCAGCUGCAGCAGCAGCAGCAGCAGAGGAGGAUCUCAAUAUUACUUUUAGCGAUAGAGCAGUAGAAGAGCUGCUGCAGCAAAUAUGCGGAGAGGGUAUGAAUGGGGCCCCCCCUGACCCUUGGGGGCCCCCCUUAUCCUUUACAAGGGGGGCCCCCCCUCCACCUCGUCCUACGUUAAAGCAAAGCCCCUAUGGCUCCCUUGAGGGGCUUAGACGUUACCUCAAGCGCAGCAGCAGCAGCAGCAGCAGCAGCAAAUGGCAGGAGCAGUACCCUCGUGCUGCUGGGGUUCCUUAUCAUCCUUCUCUUACACAACCAAAGAUGGGGGCCCCCACACCCUUUCUUCCUGAGGGGCCCCCUAGGCAGCUGCUCGAAAGAGCAUGCAGCGCUGUACCUAUUCACCGGCAGCAGCAGCAGCAGCAGCAGCAGCAGCAGGGACCGCUGCUGCUAAGGCAGUAUUCUGCUGCACAGUAUACUAAACCCUUGGUUUGUAGGCAGCAAUCAGCAGCAAAUAAAAGACCGAGUAGAUCCCUCUGCCCCCAACACCCCACACAGAUACAGCAGCAACAGCAGCAGCAGCAACAGCAACAGCAGCUGCUGCAGCAGCAACAAGCGCACCAGCAGCAGCACCAGCAGCAGCAAAAGGUUAAGGUACCCCUUAUACGCAUGGCUACCCUUGGAUCUACACGAGAAACCGUCGACCAAUGGGCUCUAGGUGGGCCCCUCCAACAGCAGCAGCAGCAACAACAGCCGCUGCAGCAGCAACAGGAGCAGCAGCAACAGCAGCAGCAGCAGCAGCAGGUGGUAUGCAACUCCGUUGAACGCAAAGACACGAGAUCGCUAGAUGAGUCUUUCCAGGAGAAAGAAUCAAAUUGUCUGCCCCAGGGACACUCGCAGCAGCAGCAGCAGCAGCAACAGCAGCAACAGCAGCAACAGCAGCAGCAGCAGCACCAGCACCAGCACGAGGAUUUAUCUCUCAUUUCUGAGCUAUCGUCUGGGAAUGAACACAACGCCCUGGAGAAGCUCCUAUGCAGCAGCAGCAGCAGCAACGCUAGCAGCAGCAGUAGAAGCAGCAGAAGCAGCAGCAGCAGCAGCAGCAGCAACAGCAGCAAUAUUAGCUCUGCUUCGCGAUGCCCUAGUGCAGGCAGUGAGGCCAGCCCCGCUGCAUCUCCUGCAGGAGAACCAAAGGCUGUCGAGGCAGUGCAGCAGCAGCAGGAGGUGCAGCAGCAGCAACUGCAGCAGCAGCGGCAAGUCCAGCAGCAGCAGCAGCAACAGCAGCAGGAGCAGCAACUGCAGCAACAGCAGCAGCAGCAGAGGUAUUGCCGCCCGGAGGAUCACUCUCCUGCAGUAUCAGCAGACUCUGCAGAAAGCCCUGCACUUAGCCCUGCUGCUGCAGCAGAGGAUGCUGCUGCUGCUGCUGCUGAUCAUGCUGCUGGUGCUGCUGCUGCAGAGCAUGCUGCUGGUUGUGCUGGUGCAGCAACAGAGCCUGCUGCAGGUUCUGACGGGGCCCCCAGCGAGCUGGAGGGGGGCCCUCAUCUGGGGGGCCCCAUGAUGGGGGGCCCCCUUUUGGGGCGGCCCCCUGAAGAGGAGAUCGAUAACAACUGUGAAGGGUACCUUUGUUCAUUAGAGGAGGAGGGGAGUCUUAAGGAAGACUGGUGCUGCAGCAGCAGCAGCAACUGCAGCAACUGCAGCAACUACAGCAACAGCAGCAGCAAACACAGACAGUCUAUGCAUGAUGUACGGCUGCAGCUGUCUUGUAUUCAUCAAGAGGUUCUUUCUAUGUGGAACCAGACAACCACCCAGCAGCAGCAGCAGCAGCAGCACCAGCAGCAGCAGCAACAGCAGCAACAGCAGCAGCAACAGCAGCAGCGCAAAUCUUCCCGUAACAUGCAGACAAAGGCGCAGCAGCAGCAGCAGCAGCAGCAGCUGACAUAUGCCCGUGCUGCAGACAUCAGGAAGUCCAAGGGGUACCUAACAGGGGGCCCCCUCGCCUCAACUUUAGCAGCAGCAGCAGCAGCAGCAGGAGGAGGCAGCAAAGAUGCCUGGGCAUGGAGCACCUCCUCUUUGCAGCUGCCGCUGCAGCAGGAAGCAGCAUUUGUUGCUCGAAGUGUUUACUCUAGAGCAGCAGAAGAGGAGCACGAACGCAGCAAGCAGCAGCAGCAGCAGCAGCAGCAGCAGCAGCAGCAGGGGUCUUUCUCGCUGCCAUACGGACACGGGCAUACAGCAGAGAGGGCGAGAAGGAGACUCUCCAAGAAAACAGAGGGCAUAAAAGAACCCAAGCAGCAGCAGCAGCAGCCGCAAGAGCAGCAGCAGCAGCAGCAGCAAGAGCAGCAGCCCCAACAGCAAGACCAUCAGCAGCAGCAGCAGCAGCAGCAGCUUCGGUCUUUUACCGAAACAUCAGCAGCACUUUCUCCUGUAGCUAUACAGCCUAUAACAAGGCCCCAUUCAGGACUGCAUGCAGCGACGCAGCAGCUGCAGCAGCUGCAGCAGCAGCUGCAGCAUGUGCGUAGCAUGCAGUUCAUGCAAGAGGAACGCAGCGGCAGCAGCUGCAGCAGCAGUGCUGCGCUUGCUGCUCAAGGAAGCUUUAUUAAUAAUUACUUGCCUAUACAAGAGGGGGGACAACAGGGGGCCCUACUUAGUUCCCCUCUUUCUCUGCAUUCUCUUGCGGAUACAGCUGGCAGCAGCUUCAAUAGCGAGAAGCUGCUGCUGCAGACUCCUCGCCAGGACGACAGCAGGCCCAAGUACGCAACAGGGGGGCCCCUAGGGGCCCCCCUCGGGGCUCUUCAGGGGGCCCCCUUGUGUACGUCUCCUGCGCUGCGCCGCGACGGCUGCAGCAACAAAGACAUUUCUUUUGCUGAUGCGCUGCAGCUCAUAGACUCUCUCGUCUCCCUCACGCAGCAGCAGCAACAACAACAGCAGCUGCAGGAGCAACAGCAGCAGCAACAGCAGCAACAGCAAUACGAGCCGCAACAACACUACCAGCCGCAACAGCAACUGCAGCUAGAGCAGCAGCGACAGCUGGAGCAGCAGCAACAGAAAGAGCAGCAGCAGCAACAGCAACAGCAGCAGCAGCAGCAGCAGCAGCUGGACCAACAAAACCUGCACAGUGUUUCUGGAGAUCUUCAAGCAAACGGACAAGUAAACAUGGCCCGCGAGGCCCCUCCAUGUCCCUGUAGAGCAGACCGAAUGGGGACUCCUGCAGCAGCAGCAACAGCAGCAACAGCAGCAACAGCAGCAACAGCAACAGCAGCAACAGCAACAGGAGAAACAGCAGCACCAGCACCAGCAACAGCAGCAGCAGAGUGUCAUAUGACAGCACGGGGGGCCCUCAGCAAGGGAGGAGACACUACAUUGGGGCCCCCUGGUGUCUGUGCAGCAGUCUGCAGCAGCAGCAGCAGUGCAUGCAUCAAAUCGAAGAGCUGCAGUGGAGCAUGCAGAAGCAGCAGCAACAGCUAUUGCUGCUGCUGCAACGACAACAACAACAACAACAGCAGCAGCAGCAGCAACAACAACAACAGCAGCAGCACAGGUUUAUCCCUUUCUCCCUCUAAGGAGGAAUUAAGCUUAGGGGAUUCAACAUUAGCUGCUGCUGAUCUAUUAGCAGCAGAGAUAUCGGAGACCUCUGUAGGGGGUAUUCUGCUGCGCUGCAGCAGCAGCAGCAGCAGCAACAACAACAACAACAACAGUAACAGCAACAGCAGCAACAGCAACAGCUGCAGCAGCAGCAGCAGCAGCAGCAGCAGCAAGAAGACAGGAGAUAAGACUACCCUCUCGCCUCGCAACAGGGCCUUCGACGCCGAGCUUCUCCUUGGCAGGGAGCCCCCCCUUCCCCCCACUCUGCAUGCGCUUCUUAGCAGUACAGACACAGCAGCAGCAGCAGCAGGAGCAUCAGCAGGAGCAGCAGGAGGUGCAAAGGGGCCCCACACUCAUAUGAAGGCCCUAGGGGGCCCCCAAGCUUCCUUCCUCCUUACGGACGGCAACGAUGAGCUGCUGGGGGCCCCCCCUUGCACAGACACAGGUACUGCUGCGCCACAACUAAGGGAUGUAUACAGCUGCAGCAGCAGCAUCAGCAGCAGCAGCAGCAUUAGCAGCAUCAGCAGCAGCAGCAGGCUUCCUUCAACUGCUGCAGCAGUUACGAAGGCCCUCCUUGAGGCAUACUGGAGCUCGGAGAUGCCUCCUACCAUCUACAGCAGCAGCAGCAGCAGCAGCAGCAGCAGCAGACUGUAUCGACAGAUAAAACGCAUGCAAAUGAGGGAGCAGCGCAUGCUAAGGAGACACAUGCAAAACGCGUGUCUCCUUUCGGGGCUUGAAGCUGCUGUUAGUGCUGCAGCAGCAGUUGCUGAUGCAUGGAGACACCAAAGCAGCAAACUAGCCGCAGCAAGGGGCCCCCAGGGGCCCCUUGGGGGCCCUCCCGAUACACUCGAACUUCAUAGGGGAUGGUGCAGCGCCUUGUGGGGAGGAGCAGAGGAAGAAGAAAGGUUAGACACGCAGCAGCAGCAGCAGAAGCAGCAGCAGAAGCAGCAGCAGACGAUGCAACGGCAACAACAGCGGCAGCAGCAAAAACUUCAGAAUCAGCAGCAAGAGCAGCAGAAGCAACAGAAACAGCAGCAAGAGCAGCAGCAGCAGCAGCAGCUGCAGCAGCAGCGGCUGACAGGGGCUGCUGAGGCAACGCGUACAUGGGUUGUUGCUCCUCGAGACAGACGAGGCAGCAACAGCAAAAGUUACGUAGGCAUUAUGCCUAGCAGCAGCAGCAGCAGCAGUAACAGCUUCAGCUUCAGCAGCAGCAACAACAGCAGCAACCGGCCCCUUGCUGGACCUGCAGGAGCAGCCCAUAUUGUGGCCUGCAGUAGCCACGGUAUACAAGACGCAGCAGCAGCUGCAGCAGCAGAAACAAACGCAGCAGCAGUAAAUGCAGCAGCACAGGCAGCUGCAGCACAUGCCGAAGCAGCAAACGCAGUAGCAGCACAAGCAGCAACAGCAAACGCAGCAGCAGUAAACUCAGCAGCAGCAACUGCCCACAAGGGCCUCAAACCAACCGGUCCUAAGCAGCAGCAAGCCACCUGCCGAUCCAGAAGCAGGAGGCGCAGCAGCAGCAGCAGUAGCAGCAGCAGUAGCAGCGAUAGCAGCAGCAACAGCGAAAGGGAGGCCCGCAGACACAGGGCUCACAGGGGUACCCGAAGGGGAGUCCAGCGUUUACCACGGUGCAGCAGCAGCAGCCCGAGCAGCAGCAGCCCGAGCAGCAGCAGCAGCAGCAACAGCAGCAGCAGUAGCAGCAGCUGCAGCGGCAGCAACAGCAGCCGCAGCAUUAUGGAAAGCAGCAGAAGCAUAUCUGCUGCUACUUCUGUUGCUGCUGCACUCAGCCCCGUGCAUGCAGACACAGCAGCAGCUGCUGCAUGCGACGACGUCGCCCUUCUGAUGGCCCAGUGGCUGAACUCUAGGCGCUACCCCUCCAAUUUACUGCAGCAGCAGCAGCAGCAGCAGGAAGCAGCAGCAGCAGAUAUAUCAGCAACACUGCCAGCAGCAGCAACGCCAGCAGCAGGAGCAGCAGCAGGAGCUGCAGGACUAGCAGGAGCAGCAGCAUGGACAGCAGCAGGAGUAGCAGCAGGAGUAGCAGCAGGAGCAGCAGCCACGAAGUAUCCAAGUGCAGCAGCCAUUCAUCUAUAA